CCAGCAGAAGACAAGCACUGUGAGAUCCCUUGGGCGGGUGGUAGAUCCUGUGAUCCAGACCUGCCCAGACUUGAGGUGGCUGCUCUUCGGGCUGCGCUCCCUGACUCCCCUGUUCCUGUUUUUCCUCUUUGCAGGCACACAUUCUGGCAGUAUCGCCGUGAGAACCCCCAAACCAAAGUGGGGGACCCCCCUCCUGAUGGGCUGCCCGGCUUCAACAGUGGUGUCCUGCUCCUGAACCUGGAAGCCAUGAGGCAGUCCAAGCUCUACAACCAGCUGCUGGAGCCCGCCAUGGUGCAGAAGCUGACGGAGAAGUACCACUUCAAGGGCCACCUCGGGGACCAGGAUUUCUUCACCAUGGUGGGGAUGGAGCACCCAGAGCUCUUCCAUGUGCUUGACUGCACGUGGAACCGACAGCUUUGCACGUGGUGGAGGGACCAUGGAUACAGUGACGUGUUCGACCAGUACUUCCAGUGCGAGGGUGAGGUCAAAAUUUACCAUGGGAACUGCAACACCCCGAUCCCUGAAGACUAGGGCAGCCCCCGUCCCCGGGAGCAGCUCUGACUGCAGCAAGCCCUG